ACCCCACCAGUCUCUGGCAGGUUCUCCCCCCCACCCCUCUCCGUCUCCGAUCCCGUCCGCAUUGCUUCGCGCCGGACCAAGGAGGAAGGGUCGGCGUCGCAGGCAUUGCGGUCUGCUAGCCACGAGGGCCAUGGACCCGUGCCCGUUCGUGCGGGUGCUGGUCGGCAACCUGGCGCUGAAGAUGCCGGCAUCGGCGCCCCCCGCCGCCGCCGCGGCGUCCGGCUCCGGCGUGCACCCGGCCACGCCGCCCUGCUACUACUGCCGCAUCCGCCUCAACAAGCUGCCCUACCAGACGGCGCCCGCGCCGCUGCUGCCGGCCACCGAGGAGGGCUCGGCGCCGGCGCCGGCGUCGUGCGCGGCCGCCUUCCACGCCUCCAAGGCCGACCUGGACCGGGCCGCCGCCAGGCCCGCGCUCUUCCUCGGCGGCCGCCUCCGCACCGCGCGCCUCAAGGUGGCCGUGUACGCCGGCCGCGGGGGCGGUGAAGGCGGCGGGAGGCUGCUCGGCAAGCUCGUCUUCCGGUUCGACCUCAGGCGCGCCGUGGCCGAGCCCUUCGUCUUCCUCAGCGGCUGGUUCGACAUCGGCAAGCGCGGCGCCGGGAAGCCGGCGGCGGCCAACGCCGCGCGCGCGCAGCUCAACCUCACCGUCCUGGGCGAGCCUGACCCGAGGUUCGUCUUCGAGUUCGACGGCGAGCCCGAGUGCAGCCCGCAGGUGCUCCAGGUUAAGGGGAGCAUGAAGCAGCCCAUGUUCACGUGCAAGUUCUCCUGCCGCAGCAACAGCGACCUGCGCUCGCGGUCCGUGCAGUCCGACUCGGGCGCCGUCGGCCCGCGCAACUGGCUGGCGAAGCUGUGGUCCGAGCGCGAGCGCGAGCGCGCGGGGAAGGAGCGCAAGGGGUGGUCGGUGACGGUGCACGACCUGUCGGGGUCGCCGGUGGCGCUGGCGUCGAUGGUGACGCCGUUCGUGGCGUCCCCGGGGACGGACCGCGUGGGCCGCUCCAACCCGGGCGGCUGGCUCAUCCUCCGCCGCCGCGUGGACGGGACCUGGACGCCGUGGGGCCGCCUCGAGUGCUGGCGCGAUCGCGGCGGCAGCGCCGGGGACGCCCAGCUGGGCUACCGCUUCGAGCUGGUGCCCGACCACAACAGCAACGUCACGGGCUCGGGCGUGUGCGUGGCCGAGUCCGGCGUCCCGGCGGCCCGCGGCGGGCGGUUCGCCAUCGACCUGACCACGGCCGGAUCCCCCGGGCGGGGCAGCGGCGAGUUGAGCCGCCACGCGCUCUGGCCCCCGGGCGGCUUCGUGAUGUCGGCCGCCGUGCAGGGGGAGGGCCGGCGCGGCAGGCCCUCCGUGGAGAUCGGCGUGGCGCACGUCGGGUGCGCCGAGGACGCCGCCGCGUUCGUCGCUCUGGCGGCCGCCGUCGACCUCAGCAUGGACGCGUGCCGACUCUUCUCCUGCAAGCUGCGCCGGGAGCUGUCGGCGUGAACGGCGAGGGGGGAGGGAGAUUGGGUGGUGAUCGGACGAACUUGUUUUCGUUGUUUGUCUGUAAUCCCGCUGAAACUGGACUGUUCGUCUUCUAGGUGCCUUUUGUAGCCUAGAAGAAGCCAUAAAACUGGGGUCUGGGGUGAGCGAGGCGAGGUGUGUGUUGUUGGGUGUUUUCUUUUUUUUUUUUUGGAUUCCCAGCCUCUCCGCAUCGUGCUGCUACCGAAGUGGUAGAGAUCAAAUUUUCAAAGCUGUUUGUGCU